AUACAUUUUCAGAAUCGUCUGGUCACUCCAAGUUAUACCAAUGCAUUUCUUCCGCCAACCGCGUAAAUAAUUUAUUGAUAAAUAAAUAUAAAUAAAGCUUGCACUAUGGCAUUAGUGGAUUACGGAAGCAGCUCCGGCUCCGAAAGCGACACGACGGAUGAAACCACUCCCACACCGGCUAUUCUUAAGAGACCGGCUUUACCCACAGCUCUUUCCUUGUUGGGCGCUAAGCAACCGAAGCGUUCAACAGAUGACGAGGAUGAGGAUGAUGGAACAGACAAUCCCGCACUGCAUGGUGGUCGCAUACGCAGCUUCAAACACGAACGAGGCAAUUGGGCUACAUUUGUUUACGUGCCCGCUGAUAGUUGUGUGGAACAGCUGGAGGAUUUUCAAACGGAGGCUAUAGAAAUGCUUGCAACAGACCUGCAACUACAGAUGAAUGAAUCGUUGCAUUUAAGUUUGAGCAAAACAGUAGUGCUGCAAUAUCAUCAGAUUGAUGAGUUCACUAAAUCGUUGCAACAGGCGCUUCAAAGUUGUUCAGGCUUUAACAGUAAUCUGCAUUUGCUUGAGGUGUAUACGAAUGAGGAGAGAACGCGAACAUUUCUGGCAGUCAAACUGGACGCUGCGUUUACUACGAAGAUGACAACAUUGCUACAACCUGUUGACCUGGUUAUGCGUGACUAUCGUUUGCCGAAAUUCUAUGAGAAGCCCUCGUUUCAUGUCAGCUUGUUGUGGUGUGUGGGAGAUUAUCAGGAAUUGCUCAAUAGCAAAUUAGAGAAGUUACAGCAAUUGUUGGAUGAUCAUGAUACGCUUAAGUUGCCCGUCAAGCAAGUGCUUUGCAAAUGUGGCAAUAAGGAUUUUAUUUAUAAACUUAAAUAG